ACAAUCUUGCAAGUUUUUUUUUCCAAAAUACUAAUUAAUGGCUGAAAUCAUUGUUAGUGCUGUUGUGACUGUGCUCAUUGAGAAGCUCACAGCUGAGUUGAUGAACCUUGCACGAUCUGAAGGACUCGAAACUCAGCUGAAGAAACUCAAGCAAAACUUUCGCCUGAUUGAAGCUGUGCUUGCUGAUUCAGCCCAGAAACAGAAUCAGAAACCUGUUGCAUUGUGGCUGAUCGAGCUCCAGGAUCUGGCUUAUGACAUAGACGAUGUACUCGACGAUAUGGCUACUGAAGUUUUACGGCGAAAAUUGAAUCAUCAAGUGUCACAUGAUAGCACCCGCACUAGUUGUAGUAAGUUAUCGAAAUUUGUCCCGACUUGUUGUACUAAUAAUUUCAGUCCUCGUAACUUCAUGUAUGGACGUGAGAUUAGAUCUAAGUUAGAUGAGGUUAACACUAGAUUGGAUGAGCUUGUUGAGCAGAAAAAUAAGCUAGGUUUGGAUUUGAAUGUGAAACUUGAAAGAUCGAAUAAGAAUAAAUCAGAUGUACGAUUCCAUCAAACUUCAUCUGUUAAUGAGUCCAAAGUUUUGGGUCGGGAAAACGAUAAAGAGGCAUUGAUUGGGCGGUUGCUGGGGAACGAAGAAGCGAGCAGUAAUCAAAAGGUGAUCAGCGUUGUGUCGGUUGUUGGUAUGGGUGGCCUUGGAAAAACAACUCUCGCCCAACUUUUGUACAACGAUAAGAGAGUGAAGGAUCACUUUGAACUCAUGGCAUGGGUUUGUGUUUCCGAUGACUUUGAUGUGUUCAAUAUUAGCAAUGCAAUUUAUCAAUCUGUAGGUGGGGGGUACACACAGUUCGCUACUCUGAAUUUGCUUCACGCGUCCCUUAAAGAAAAACUUUCGGCGAAGAGGUUUCUUAUUGUGUUGGACGAUGUUUGGAACGAAGAUCCCAAUUCUUGGGAUCUUCUUAGAAGUGGUUUUGAUGUCGGGGCGCAUGGAAGUAAAUUUCUGGUAACCACACGGAACAAGAAGGUUGCAUCAGUGAUGGACUGUUUUCAACCUUAUGUGCUGAAGGUUUUAUCUGAUGAGAUAGCCCUGUCUUUAUUUGCUCAAUCUGCACUCGAUGAGCAAAACUUUGACAGACAUCCAUCACUUAAAUCUAUUGCUCAAGGGAUCGUUAAGAAGUGUGAUGGGUUGCCCUUGGCUUUGGUAACCCUCGGGAAGGUCUUGAAACGAAAAGAAAGUGACGAUGAAUGGGAGGCGUUGCUGAAUAGCGAAAUUUGGAACUUAGAUGAUGAAAGUGGCAUUCUUCCGGCUCUCAAGUUAAGCUACUAUGACCUCCCUUCGCAUCUAAAGCAAGUGUUUGCAUAUUGCUCCUUAUUUCCAAAGGACUAUGAGUUUGAAAGGAAGAAACUAGUCCUAUUGUGGAUGGCACAAGGGUUUGUGUCCCAAACAAAGGGCAAAAAUCAACCAAUUGAGAGUUUGGGUGACAAGUAUUUCGAAGAGUUACUCUCAAGGUCCUUUUUUCAGCCUUUUGGGAAAGAUGGAUCACGGUAUAUAAUGCACGACUUGAUGAAUGACUUGGCCACAAGUGUUUCAGUAGAGUUUUUCUUUAGGUUGGAUGAGAAUAUGGAGUUAAACGAUAGGAAUGAAGCUUAUGAAAAGUUUCGUCACUUUUCAUUCAUAGGUCAACAACGAGUUACACAGCAUAAAAAGUUCAAGGAAUUACACAAAGCAAGGUGCUUGCGAACGUUCUUACCAGUGUCAGUUGGUUGGAGCGACUUUAAAACAUUGGACAAUGUUACUUUAGAUUUACUCCCCCACUUAAACUUCCUAAGGGUGUUAAGCUUAACUAAUGAGUUAAUCACAGAGGUACCACGUUCCAUUGGUAAUUUGAAGCAUCUAAGGUACCUCAAUUUUUCAUAUACCGACAUCCAAGGAAUACCCGAACAAGUGAGCGGAUUAUAUAAUCUACAAUGCUUGUUAGUUCGUGGCUGUCCUAAGUUAUCUAGCUUGCCAGUGAGUUUUGUAAAGCUAAUAAACUUGCGACAUCUUGACAUGACUUAUACUCCGUUAUUGAACAAGUUGCCUUUGGGGAUCGGUGGGUUGACGAGUCUACAAACAUUAUCCAAGGUUAUCAUCGAAGAAGGUAACGGUUUUAAAAUAUCUGAGCUUAAGGGCCUGUCAGAUCUCCAAGGCGAGCUUUCCAUCGAGUGCUUGGAGAAAGUGAUACAACCAACAGAAGCAAACGAUGCAAAGUUACAACAAAAAACAGGUCUUUAUGAACUGAAUAUGAGAUGGAGUGAUGUUUUGGAUGGUUUUCGGGAUCCAGCUAUUGAAUAUGAGGUACUUGAAAGGCUAAGGGCUCCCUCGAAGCUGAAAAUACUGAGCAUUUCAUUCUAUAACGGAAUGAAAUUUCCUAGUUGGAUUGGGAAUCCCAAAUCAUUUAAUCAUUUAAUAGAGCUUACGUUAAUCGGCUGUGAAAACUGCACAGAAUUACCAACGCUUGGGCAUCUAAGUUCACUUCGGCAGUUGCGUUUAAGCAACAUGAAAGCGGUGCAGACUGUGGGUAUUGAGUUACUAGCACAUACUAAACCUUUUCAUGGCGAUGCAUUUCCUUCCCUUGAAUACUUGAAAGUUGAUAAUAUGCAAUGUCUGGAGAAAUGGUCGACCAGUGGUGGUGACGGUGUUGAGACUCCUCGAUCCUUUCCUAGGCUUCGUAAAAUUUCAAUUAAAAGAUGUGCGAAACUUGAUAAGGUAUCAUUUGGAUUGGUACCAUCACUUAAGAAAUUAACUGUAAAAGGAUGUCCUGAAGCAGUGUUGAGAGACUUGGUUGGUGGGUCUUCAUCAAUCCGUACAUUGAAGUUGGAUGCAAUUAAUGGGCUCACUCAACUGGACAGAGAAAUCUUAAAACAUUUUGGGGCAGUUGAACAUCUCAACAUCCGGGAUUGUGAUGAAUUGAGAUACUUGUGGGAAUCGGAAUCGGAAGAUUGCAGGUAUCUUGGGAGUUUACAAGAGUUGUUUGUAUCUAAGUGUCCAAAGUUGGAAUCAAUUAAUAAGGGAGAGAAAGAGGUGGUUCAUGUGGGGAGUAGCAUCAUUAUGGGAUCUCUUAGAAAUGUCAGGCUUUGGUAUUGUGAUGCACUGGAGAUUUACUGCUGUCCAAAUAGUGUUGAGAGUUUGAAGAUAGACGGUUGUGAUUCAAUAACAUCAUUAAGUUUCUCUAAUUUGCAGGAGGAGGAGGACCUCCCAUCGUCAUCCUCAUCCUCUAAUUUCAAGUUUCUUAGGAUUGGAAAUUGCAAGAAUAUAAAGUCAAUUUCUCAGGAGCAUUUGCAAAAUCUCACAUCUUUGGAAGAGAUGGUGAUAUAUAAAUGUCCAAACAUGGAUGAUUCAUUUCCAUCAUGUGGCUUGUUAUGGCCUCCUAAUCUGAAGCGUCUAAGAAUAGGGGAAUUAAAGAAGCCACUGUCAGAGUGGGGACUUCAAAAUUACCCUUCCUCACUUGUUGAAUUAGAGUUAUAUGGCAGAGAUUCAGGAGUGGUUUCAUUUGGAAUAAUAAUGGAAGAACAACAAGAUCAUAAUAAUAGGACCAGUUCAGCAUGUUUUCUUCUUCCACCAUCUCUAACUUCUCUAGAAAUCGGGAAUUUUGAGGAAGUGGAAUCAUUUUCAGAGGUCUCACAACACCUCCCUCACCUUCAACAUCUUGAGAUUUGGCAUUGCCCUAAGCUAAGAGAUGUGCCAAAGACAACUUCGUUUUUCAAAGUAUUUGUUUUUUAACAUCAUGGUUUCAUGGCGUCGCCACUCUCAAUGUUGCUACUUUAAGUGGGUUAAACAAGAAUCUAACAUUUCAAGAUUACAAGACUACAAAUCUUUGAUCAUGGCAGCAUGACUCAGACUCCGUGUUCAUGUCAUUUUGUCGGGUCAGGGUAUGUAUGCAAAUUUUAUGUUUCGCUCUUUGUAUGUAUUGUAGUUUUUGUUUUUGGUUUGCUGGAAGGUACUGGCUUGUUGUUUGAAGGAAAAAAAAAACCAGUAAAUUGGAGAUAAA